UUGAUGGGUUAGUUCGAUAAUCAGCUACGUCUUUUUCUUGUUGAUCUUCUACGACAGUGGAAUUUUAUCAUGAAAAAAAAGUAUCUCAAGGCGCGAACGGUUGAUGGAGCCGUAGCUGAGAUACUUGAUUAUAUUCGGAUUUACAGAGACAAAAAGGUCAUCUAUUUUUGUACUUGGAGUGGCUUUGGGACGGCCCCGAUUCUUAAAUCCCUAGCACAAAAAUCUAUGAAAAAUCUUCCUCCAGAACUAUGCUUUGAUAGAGUAAUCUACAUGGAUUGCUCAGCGUGGGAAAAUAGAAGGACGGUGCAGAGGAAAAUCGCAGAGGAGCUAAAACUUGACCACGCAACAAUGGCCAUGUUUGACAAGCAGGACGAGGAGGAUGACUUCAAUGGUGUGGACCAUAGCUCUAGGGAUGUGAUACGAAGUGUUGCAGAAGUGAUUGCCCAGACCCUAUGGGCCAUCAAUUGUAUGCUGAUUUUUAUUAAUGGAAGUGAUGAUGAGGUUGAUGUGAGUAGAUUUGGCCUCAGUCCUGGGUAUCGCGACCACGUAAUAGUAUGGACAUUCCAAAGACGGUUUCCGACCAUGUACCACCCCAAUGAUGAGGAUGAGAAAGAAGGCAAGCUAAGAUACACCGACCUUUUCCUUAGAAACUUUCGGAUGGGCUACAAAUUAACAACUUCUAAGUUUAGUGCACUGCUGCGUGAAGAGGCUGCUAUUAGAGUUCCUCGCAACCCAUGUUUGGUGGAUAUUGACCUAACAUUGGUCACAGAUUGUUGUCUCUACGAGUUAUUCUUGCAUUAUGGUUUUCACAGGGCCACUGGAUUUGCUUGGGCAGCUCAUGCUUCCAACUUCUGGGUAUGUGAUGGGAUCAUUAAAGGGGAUAGAACAAGGGAGAUUAGUAAUGUAUUGCAUCAGGAAAUAAGUUGGGAAUGCGAUGCUUCUGUGCUUGAGAGUGUGUUUGAAAAGCUCAUGAAAGAUCAAAACUCUCCUUUUUGGGUAGUCAAAGAUAAGAUUGCUUAUGAAAAGAGGCCUUUCCGUUGGAUUUUCGUUACCUCGAAGAACCUGAAAGUACAGGAGAAUAUGCAAACUAUAUUUGAAACAGUAUCAUCUUUAUUCGUAGCAUUUGAAAGGUCUAAUAACCCACAAAGAUUACCAAAUGGAUUGUUCAAUUAUUGCAGCAGCCUUGGCGUUCUAAUUCUCUCUUGUUGUGCCUUCAGCUUUGCAUCACCUCCUUUCCUCCUGUGCCACGGAUUAAGAUUCCUCGGAUUGGACCACUGCACAAAUGGUAACACAAGUGCAGGAGAGGACUAUACAAAGUGGAUAUGUCUAUGUAGUCUAUGGGUGCUUGACGUGCGUUACACAGACUGGGAUGAAAUCUUAACCGAAGAAAAGAUGAAUCUCAUGGCCAACCUCAGAGAGCUAAACAUAGAGGGAGUCUGUUGCUGGCAGUUUGCAAGUAGAUUACAGGGAAGACUGCCUUACCUUCAGAGGCUCCGAAUAAUCAAACCUACACAUGAGGCAGAGACAUCAAUAGAUAGCAGCAACUCAUUUAUGGAUAAGACAAAGCUGGAAAUACUUGAUUUGUCUGGCAACAGUGACAUGAACAAUCUACCAGCAAGCCUAUCAAUGGCGAGCAGCCUUCAGGUGCUUAUUCUUGAUGGUUGUGAUGGGCUAGAAAAUUUUGUGUUGCCUAGCGGAUUUCCUUCCUCGCUAAGAUCCUUCAGCUUUGACGGCUAUGGGUCUGCAUCCCACUGGAAAUCAACUGUUGACCUACCUCCAGAAAGUUCCCGUCCGAAGCGCCCGUCAGAUGCAAAUAAGAGGGAUAUUGUCGAAACCUUAAAGAUAUCCCUACAAGGUUGCACACAGUUAGAGAAUUUGUUCUUGCGUGGGCUACCCAAUCUUGUGGAGCUGGACCUCUCAGGAAGCGCAAUCAAGGUACUUGACUUUAAAAUUAUGGUGGUGGAUGUCCCAAAUCUCAAGCGACUCUUUCUGCUAGGCUGUGAGCACCUUCGUGCAAUAAGAUGGGGCUCAGAUGAUGAUUCCUUUAUACCUCAGAAGUUGGAGUUGCUCUGCAUAGACACACGACCUGGGAGGGCACUUGGGUGUACUCGGCCAUCUCUUGGCCAGCAUAAAUCCUUCGGGUUGCAGGUGCAUGCUAUUCUUGCGGACGUAAGGCUGGCUCGGUGCUUGGCAGAUCUGAUUUAUGGGCAUCCAGCAGCUUACCAGGAUAAAUAUUUUGAUAUCCACAUCACCACUUCAACUGUCCAUGGUGCGGUUGUUCAACCUAAGGCAACCAGCAAGGAGAAGAUUAUACCCAGUGAUCAACAACACCAUUAUGUUCUAUCAGACCGGUACGGUGAUGUCUUUACCAAGAUUGGUGAUGCUCCGAUGCAAGCCUUCCCGCAACCUCUGACUCAACAUUCGGAUCGCCAUAUCGAGAUUGGUGAUGGGGGCCUCAGCCUCGAGAGUGAGCUAGCAAAUUCUCCAGUUCAAAUAAAUUUAGCUUAUAUGAUGUCACAGCACGCCGAAUCUCUGCAUGUGCAUGACAUCUCAACCAGCGUUAGCAUGCCAGCAGGACCAUCCGUCAGGUGGUGCCGCGUGGAGAGGUGCCCCAACUUGGACACCGUCUUCGCUACGGGCACGGACAGCUGGUUCGAACAACUGGAGACCAUCUGGGCAUCGGAUCUCCUGAUGGCCCGCUGCAUUUUAGACAAAUAUAAAACCCGCCGUUGGAAUCGUGUAUUCGACAAUCUGCAGCACUUGCAUCUGCGCUCCUGCCCAAGGCUCCAGUUUGUGCUGCCGGUGUUUGAGAUCGACUCCUUCCCCAACCUGAAGACCCUCCACGUCAUCCACUGCGGCGACCUCAGGCACGUCUUCGUGCUUGACGAAAUGCCCCCGGAGGAGAUAGCCGUCCGUGGCGUUUCGUUCCCGAAGCUGGCCACCAUCCACCUGCACGACCUGCCGAAUCUGCGGCAGAUAUGCGAGGUCAAGAUGCUCGCACCCGCUCUGGAGACCAUCAGGAUCAGGGGAUGCUUUGGCUUGCGCCGGCUGCCGACCGUGGCGGCCCGCGAGCCAGGCGCGAAGAGGCCGACCGUGGAGAUGGAGAAGGACGUGUGGGACGCGCUGGAGUGGGACGGGCUGGCCGCCGACCACCACCCUGACCGCUUCGAGGCGCCCGUGCACUACUCGCGCUACUACAAGAGGCGCCUCCUCAGGGGCACCGUCCUCAGGUGAAUCCUGAACCCUGCAUCUACUGCUGCUACGAGAGAUCGAUCAGUGGCAUGUUCUACGUCUGCUAUGGAUGCUGCUACUGAUGCCGUGUUUGGUUCAUGUCGUGUGGGCUUUGGCUUUGCCACUGACGCUUCUGGGUUGCUGUGACGCUACAGCUGCUGCUGCCUUUCGUUGAGAAUUUUUUGCAAGGUGCGAGCCUCAGGUUGGCUCCUCCAUGCCUGUGUUGAUGGCCGGGUUGGCCUGCGUUUGCUGUGUGCUUUGGAAUAAAAAGGCGGCCUUGGUUUGUGCUGAGGCCUGGCCGAUGUGUGUGCUCGAGUGUGUGGCUUGCGGUUCAAUCUGAAACAGAGAAGCAGCAGCCGGGUGUGUCUGCCUGCGUGCGUCCACCUACUGCUUGUGUGUGUUCGGUUUGUAUGGCUUGUGAGUGUGCUCUGCUACGCCGUUUGAGACGGGAGUAGCUAAUAAGCUGCAGCUGCGUGUGAUUCAUGCUGCUAUGUACUAUCUCAUGAACCAACAAACAGCUGGUUGUGUGCCUGAUGCUGGCUGUUGUGAUUUGUGAACCAUUAAGCUUGUGGUGUGUGAUUUAUACUUGCAAGCAUCAACCGGGAGAUAUUUGUAUCCAUGUUGUGCAUCUGUUUCCACUUGGGAAAGAGGUUGGAGUAUUAUACUGCCGAAA